GCAACAACCUUUCACCUAGCAUUGUUUUCGACCCGGCACCUAUCAACUCUUCGAUUGCGAAUCUCGACCGCCUAGUUUCUGACGCCAGCAAGGCAACAGUUGUUAAAAACAUGCCGAAAACCACUGAUCCGUCGGGAGUCGAGCGCACCCGGCCGCUCUAUGAAGUUGUCAAUAACGACAAAAAGAGGGUUGCGUACUUCUACGACUCCGACAUUGGUAACUAUGCCUACGUCACCGGGCACCCGAUGAAACCGCAUCGGAUUCGUCUUGCCCACAGCUUGGUGAUGAACUACGAUGUUUACAAAUUCCUCGAGAUUUACCGCGCGAAGCCAGCGGUCACGUCGGAGAUGACGCAAUUCCACACAGACGAAUACAUCGAGUUCCUUCAAAAAGUCACGCCCGACAACAUGGACGGUUUCAUGAGGGAGCAGGGCAAGUACAACGUUGGCGACGACUGUCCGGUGUUUGAUGGUCUCUUCGAAUUCUGCGGGAUAAGCGCAGGUGGUAGCAUGGAGGGCGCCGCUCGUCUCAACCGGGAGAAGUGCGACAUUGCUAUCAACUGGGCUGGAGGCCUGCACCACGCGAAGAAGAGCGAGGCUAGCGGUUUUUGCUACGUCAAUGACAUUGUGCUUGCCAUUCUCGAGCUGCUCCGCUUCAAGAAGCGCGUCCUUUACAUCGACAUCGACGUCCAUCACGGUGACGGUGUCGAGGAGGCUUUUUACACGACCGAUCGUGUCAUGACAGUCUCGUUCCAUAAGUAUGGCGAAUACUUUCCUGGCACCGGUGAGCUUCGCGAUAUCGGCAUUGGCAACGGCAAGCACUAUGCUGUCAACUUCCCCCUACGCGAUGGUAUCGACGACACAACGUACGACACCAUCUUUGAGCCCGUCAUCGAGGCUGUCAUGAAGUAUUACCAGCCCGAGGCAGUCGUCCUCCAGUGUGGUGGCGACAGUCUCUCUGGUGAUCGUCUCGGUUGCUUUAAUUUGAGCAUGCGUGGCCACGCAAACUGCGUCAAUUACGUACGCAGCUUUGGUUUGCCCACUCUCGUCCUCGGCGGUGGUGGCUACACCAUGCGGAACGUCGCCCGCACCUGGGCGUACGAGACUGGCCGCUUGGUUGGGGUGGAAAUGGACGCGGUUUUGCCAUACAACGAGUACUAUACGUACUAUGGGCCAGACUACGAGCUCGAUGUGCGGUCUUCCAACAUGGAGAAUGCGAACAGCUACGAGUAUCUGGAGAAGAUCAAGAUUGCCGUCAUCGAGAACCUGAAGCGGACCGCUCAUGCUCCCUCUGUUCAGAUGCAGGACGUUCCUCGCCAGAGCAUGGGCAUGUCCGACGACCAGGAUGCUGAGCUCGAUGACCGUGACGAGGACGAGAACCAGGACGUCAGGUUAACGCAGCGGCAGUGGGAGAAGCGCGUCGAGCGCCAGGACGAGUACGAGGAAUCCGAUGAUGAGGAUGUGGCGCGUGCCAACGGCGUCUACAAGCCUAAUGGUCGUUCUCGCCAAGAAACCAACUUCCGCCCUACGAACAAGGAAGAUGACACUAUGGAGGUUGACAGCCGUGCUGCUACGCCGCCCGAGCCUGUCGUGGAAUCCGCUGCGGACAAUGACGAGACGAUGAUCGAGGAGGCCUUGGCCGAGGUGUUGGCAGAGGUCGCUCAGACAGAAGCUCAGAACGCCGCUGCGGUCGAACAGCCCGCAGAGGCAGAAAAGACAAAGAUUGACGGCGAUGGCGAUGUUGACAUGACUGAGGCCGCCAUCCCCGACGUCAAAGAACCUGAGGCCACAAUCAAGAGGGAAGAGGUCGAGGGCAUCUCGGCAACCGAGGCAGAGCCUACCAAGAGCCCGGUCCCCGAGACCAACAAGGUGGCCGACGACAGCGAGGCUUCCGCCCCGAAGGAGCGUGGCUCUGCCUCCCCCGAGGUCGCCAUGCCGGAUGCCAAGCCGGCCGCCGAGGCCCCUACCGCGGAGACCUCGGACAAGCCCGCCACUGACGAAAAGAAGGCGGGCGACGAAGAGGCGACGGCAUAGUCUCCGAUGCGCUCCGCAGUUGCGGCCGAGGUGUCCGGAUGUUUUUGAAGGUGGUUUGCGACGGCGUUCAGGAAGGCAAGGGCCGAAUAGGAUUGGCGGUUUUGGGUCGAAUUUUCGAAUUGGUGUUUUUGUGUCUGAAGCACGGCAAGUUAGUAGUAAUAUACCACUAUGGGAUGGUUUUUACGUGUAUAUUCAUGGCUUUUUU